AUGGCCAGACCGAUAUCGUUCGUUACGGGAAAUGCUAAGAAACUCGAGGAAGUGCGAGCCAUUCUCGGGUCGCGGUUUUCACGGGAAAUUGUCGCUGUGAAACUGGACCUACCGGAGCUGCAGGGCGAAGUGGACGAUAUCUGCCGGCGCAAGUGCCUGGAAGCGGCCCGUCAAGUGAAGGGCCCAGUGAUGGUGGAAGACACAUGUUUGUGCUUCAACGCGCUGAAAGGACUACCCGGUCCAUACAUCAAGUGGUUCCUCGAUAAGUUAGGCCCCGAAGGGUUGCAUAAGCUGCUCGACGGCUGGGAAGACAAAUCGGCCCAGGCGGUGUGCACGUUCGCGUACACUAACGAACCGGACGGUGAAGUGAUCCUGUUUCAGGGACGCACCGAUGGCGAUAUAGUGGCACCACGUGGACCGCGAGAUUUCGGCUGGGAUCCCGUCUUUCGGCCAAAGGGAUACGAGCAAACGUACGCCGAGUUGCCGAAGGAGAAGAAAAACGAAAUCUCACAUCGAUUCCGAGCGUUAGAUAAGCUGAGGGAUUACUUUGCCAAAGAAGCCAACUAG